AGAGUAUACAAAUACAACUACACUACAGACAGAGUAUAUACUGCAAUACUGCAAUACUGCAAUACUGCUACAGCUACUGCUACAGCUAUAUAUAAUUACGAUAUACCUGUACUAUACAGGAUGAACCAAACCCUCGUCCACAUUGCCGCCCCCAGUUCCUUCCACGACGACUGCCGCUAUCUAACUCAAGCCGACGCCAUUCUCCAGACCUUCUACCCUAUUACCACUCACGACCAGGAGAACGAGAACGAGACCGAGAAUAGUUUCCCGCAUGAUCCUCCGCUCGCACCUGCACGAUUAGCUCCCGACUCCUUUGAUAGUCCGGUCUCUGUCAUUCCCGAAUCGCCACUGGCCUCCUUUAAACGGUCACCACCAUUACCGUCACCAAUACAAGAGAGACAUCCCAAGAGACCCUGUCCACCACCACAAGAACCACCAGACAAUGAACAAGAACAGCUAAAAACCCCCCUAACAAUCAACCCCCAACAACCCCCCAUCGCCUCAACCCCCUUCACAACACACAUUACACCCACCCUCUCCCUCCUCGCCAACCGCCUCAAUCUCGCCCGGACGUUUGUCCCGACGCACCAGGCCCGCCCGCUCCACGUCCUCGAACGGGGUUAUUGGUGGCUUCGUCUGCGUUUGCGUUUGCACGAUCCGCUGGGCUCGGGCCUGGGCACCCGUUAUCCCCGGUCUUCGGGUCGGGGCUGGACCGGCCGAGCGUCCGGUGCUGCUAGUACGGCUACUAUUGCACAUGCAAAUAAUGCUGCUGCGGGUGUAAAUCCAAAUACUUGGGAUAGGGAGUUGUUUAGUCGGUUUUGGGGGUUUUUAGAGGAUUUUAUUGCGAAUGAGGGGCGUGCGGGUUGGGGGGUUUGGUGUGUUCUUGAGCGAGAGGAGCGGGUGUUUGGGUCAGCAGCAGCAGAUCGAGAUCUGGUUCCAGAUCGGGGGCGUGAUCUUCCUCUUCUCCAUCAUCAUCCUACUCCUCAUCCAUCGAACCCUGAUGCUGGAAGCUUUGUGUUGAAGGUGUAUACAUGGGGUGAAAUCGCGCCUCAUGUCUAUCUGUUGCUUUAUCUUGCUAGUGAGCGUCGGAUCCGGGGGAUGGGUUCGCAGUGGCGCGAUGCGUCCGAGGGGGUUGUUAUUCAGAUGGCUUGACGCUUUACUUUUCUGUACUCCGUACUUUGUAUAUAUCGUGCUUUUGUUCGUGAAUGCCUGGAUUGAGUUCAGGGUCUCAUGAUCGCUACACUCCAUACUUCAUACUUUCAUACUAUAGAUAUCUGCAGUCACAGGAUCCAUGCUUAU